UAUACAUUUAUCUUUUGGCUCUCUAUGCACUUCAGCUCUUAAUAAGUCACAAAAAGAGCUGCUUUGUAUCAACAAAACAAUGGCUGCAGUUGUCAGUUCUUUCACUCUCCUCAGGAACUUUGCAAUUAAUACAAGAGCAUUGUCAAAUGUGAAAGCCACUUCCAUCUUCAACAACAACAACAGAUUCCUUAUUCCUGUUCAGUCUCGCAGAUCUCUGUUUCGCACUAAUGCUGUCGAUGAUGAAGAGGCGCUUGCCAGAGCAGCUGCAGCCAGUGCCGAAAGUGGAGCUCCAACCAUUUUUGACAAGAUCAUAGCAAAGGAAAUUCCUUCAUCCAUCGUAUACGAGAAUGAGAAGGUCCUUGCUUUUAGGGACAUCAGUCCUCAAGCUCCUGUUCAUGUUUUAGUCAUUCCAAAGUUCAGGGAUGGAUUAACACAGCUUGGGAAGGCAGAAGCAAGGCAUGGGGAGAUUCUAGGUGAACUUCUCUAUGCUGCCAAAAUAGUGGCGGAAAAAGAAGGCAUCCUUGAUGGGUUUCGUGUUGUAAUCAACAGUGGUCCUACUGCUUGUCAAUCUGUUUACCAUCUUCACUUGCAUGUCUUGGGUGGCAGACAAAUGAAAUGGCCACCUGGUUAAAGAUUUGAAACAAACUACUUGAAGCUUGAUUAGACCAUCUUCUCUUUCUUAUUGUCUCUCUUUAACCUUUCAAUGCUUCUGUACAACUUGCAAGUGAAAGUUUCUUUUGUUAUUAUUUUGGAAUGCACCACCUUGUGAAAAUAGAGUACGAUAUUUCCAAUUGCCUGUAGGCUGCAGCCAGGACUAUGGCUUUCUUAAGUUCACUAAUGAAAUGAUGUUUCAACAUUAGUUAGGAA